UGAGGAAGUCUUGGGCGAACAAUGUGCUCGACUGGUGAACAAGAUUAAAAUAUCAGCUGCAUUUGUACGAAAACGUCAAUAACAGAGACGGAAGUCAACAUCCAGCUGCUAGACGUCACAGGCGUGCCAGCUCAACACUGACAAUGCUCAGGAGGGACAGUCCCUUUGGUAACAACACCAGCAGCUAUGCAGGAUCGAUCCAGUCUAAUGGUUAUUCCAGUGCUGUUGAUGAUGUGUCAUCACAGGUCUCAAACGUGUCGAGGCUCAGUGCAAAGUCAAUUUACUUGCAGAGGAAGAUGUACGCAGUGUCUUUGAACAAGAUGAUGGACAAAUUUCAGUACAGAGUGGAGCACCUGUUCACCUGUGACCUGGAUGGGAAGGAGCUGAGGAGUGUAUCAGACUGUGUGGAGCGUCUGAAGCUGCUGGAUGGGAUGGGUCGUGUGUGGGGUCAGAACAUGAUGCUGGGGGUGCGAGGAGUCAACCUGCUGCUCACCGACACUGACACCAAGGAGGAGCUGGAGUCGCUAGCUCUCAGUGACAUCGUGGAGCUGAAGGCGAUGCUGAACACUGGCAUCUUCAACUCCCUGCUCACUGUGUCGGUUCAGCCAGGGAGAAAAAAGACAACCACUGUCUACAUGUUCCAGUGUGAGGAAGUCAGGGCUGACUAUGUCCAAAAGGAUCUGUCACAGGCCCUGUCACGCAGGAGAGAGAAUCCAAGCCUCUACAGCACUUCACAAGUUAAAGCCACCCACAAAGGAGAGAACAAAUGUAAUGCUGCAAAAGCCUCUGAGGUGGAAGAGGAGGAGGAGGAGGAGAAGGAGGAGAAGGAGGAGAAGGAGGAGAAGGAGGUCCAUGAGCCUGAGCUGUUUGUGCAUCAUGAAGAAGAGGAGGAGGAGGCCUCACCUUUCAGAGAGGAAGUACCGUUACCACAGCUCUCCAGCGCUGAGGAGGGUCCUCCACGUCCAUACACAGAGCUGGACAGGAGUGUGGACAUCUUAAAUCAUAUUGUAAGUGACAUUGAAAUCUUCAUGGGACAAGUUGCUGCAGUCGUAUCUAAAAAUGCAAAGAAAAAGAAGAAGAAGAAAAAGGGGAAAGUCAUGGACGGCAUGCCUCCUGCAAAAGAGUUUGCAGAGUGUCUCCAUAAGAUCAAAAGUGGUUUCAACCUUCUGGGGGAGCUCAAUGGACAGAUCAAAAAUCCCAGCGCUCCUGAAUUUGUUCACGCCAUCUUCUCCUCAUUAGCAUUUGUAAUAUGUCAAUGUCCCGAGGAUCUGCCACAGACCAUCGUGGCUCCACUGCUGACGCCUCAGUGUAUCCGUUUCAUGAGCGAGGAGGCGUCUCCAGAGGAGGACCAGCUGUGGCAGUCUCUGGGAGACGCCUGGAACAUCCCCAGCACCAAAUGGCCAGAGGAUGAUGAGGACAUCCCGACAUACACUCUGACGUUCUUUGGUGGCUGGCAGCCUCCUGAAGUAUCUGCACUCAGUGAACCUGUGAGCAGACAGGAGAGUCCACAACCUGCACCCAGCCAGACUCAGAAACAACAACCCCUCCCUCAAAAAGCUCGCUCAGGUGAAUCCAAACCACGUCACAUGCGAGUUAUGUACGACUUCGUUAAAAGAAACCACAUAGAGCUCACUGUCACUAAAGGGGAAAUGGUUGAGCUGCUGGACAUGUCGAAGCAGUGGUGGAAAGUGAGAAACAGCAGAGGAGAGGAGGGAUUUGUUCCUAAUAAUGUGUUGGUGCCUCAUGAUGAAGAACAACCUGACAAGGAAACUUUUGGCUCUCCUGUCCUGACAAAGAAGUCCAGGCCUGCAGAGGUGAAAGCCUGGCUGGAAGACAAAGGCUUUAGUAAAAUCACUGUGCGCUGUCUGGGCGGGCUGAGCGGCCCCAUGCUGCUGGGGAUGAGCAGAGAGGAGCUGAAGACCGUGUGUCCAGAGGAAGGAGGACGAGUCUUCUUCCAGCUACAAGCUGUCAAGUCCACACUGGCUGCUGCCAGUUAAAGUGAGAGCAUCAAGACGACAUUGAAGAAAGACAAGGAAACAGGUCCCCAGUGUUUUGAUAGGUAGUGACUGAUAUGUCAUUUUAAAGGUAUACUAAUAAAGUUGUCUGGUGUCAGUCAGAAAGAGUUACAUGCUAUUUAAUCAGUAAAUUUGAUUGAAAGUGUAAA